AUGACACGGUUAAUAUGGAUAUGCUUGCUAUGGCCUUACAUAUUUUGCUUCAGCUUCAACGCAAGAGCGCACACGAAAGCAAGAACCUCGACACACCUUUUCUCCAGUGUUGGCAUAAAUGACUGUUUGGUGGUCUUGAGCGCAGAUGCUGUUUUGGAUACUGUUGAGCAUCGGUCCCAACUAGGUCUGGAAGCGGCCUUAUGCGCAUGGCCUUCUCUCAAAGUAGAAAAAGAAGUGUUGUUACAAGAUCCGACUUGGCUCUUAAACAAACUAAAGGCACUGUCACACGUUCUGGAUGCCCCAUCUGCGUCAUUCUCUACAACAUGUGAAUUCGCCCUGGCAGCUCGUCUCUUGCUUGAAGAACAAGCCUUGGACGAAGGAGAAUCCAACAACAAGCGAGGGAAAUAUGCAAGCAAAUUUCAUCCACAAGGAAUCGAAGACUCUCCCUCUUCAGCAGAGCCAUCUUCUUCCUCUACCCGUCCGUUGACGGUGGGCGAAAUCGCUGCGAACUGGGAUGACUUCUUUCGAGAAACCUUACAAAUGCGAUACCACGCCAAUUACAAAGAUCCCAUACCUGUUUUACAAUCCAUCAUUGAUGAAAAAAUAGUGGAUUGGGGAGAGCUUCCCGUCUUCUAUCCACAAGUGCAGCACACAUUGAAUUCCAAACGAUAUCAGAACUUCGUCAUGACAGUUCCACCAUCUGACAAGCAGCUCGUACGGCAAAGUCUCGAAGGUGCGAAUGUCUCAUUUAUAGAGACAGCAUCUGCAUUAGUAGCAAUUGAAUCAUUAUCGCUGGAAACAAACAGGCGUACUGUCGUUGUCCUCGAGUCAGACGAAUCUAGUCUCCAGGAUAUUUUGAAUUCGUCCAUUGGAGAGACCGUCAUAGUGGUGAUCGACGGGUCAUACAAACGAUUGGAGGCCAUGGCGUCUUUGUUUGGAGAUUCCAUUCCACGCCAAGGCAACAUUGGGAACACUCCCUUUCAGAAGAAGCUGAGUUUGAACCUGGGAAAAUGGGCAUGCGGGCACCCAACGACUGUCGCAAAAGCCACAAUGAAUCCAUGGACAGAUGUAAUGACAAUGGAAGCACUACAAGAUAAUUUCCUUUCGGGACAAAACAGCGAAGAAGCGUUUCAAUAG